CGAGAUCGAUUGGCGUCCCUCGCGAAAAAAAUAUAGUUCGGUCGACAAAGAGGGCCCUUUCGCCUGUCGAGCUCUCCUCUUCCUUUGACCUAGACAGAACGCGCCGCCGCCGCACCGUUUUGAUCUCGCCAUCGCCGUCGUAGUACCCUCUGCUUCCACCCUUUCUCCUCCAAAUCGCUCGGUACUUCGAAUCCACAUCGCCUCCAGAAAUCCUAACCCCGGUCCCAAUGGCGAAGAUGACGAGGUACGAUGACGACAAAGACAACGAGGCGGCCUGCUCCUCCUCCUUCGAGGAGCAAAUGACCUGUCCGACGCCGGCGGAUCCGUCUGGCGAGGAUGGGAAAAGGGCGAGGUGGAUGGGGAGGUGGACGAGGAGGAGAUUGAGGCCAUCACAACCGGUGCGGGCGCUGACGAACAGGCUGACGGCUGUGCUGCCGCUGCAGGCGGGGAAGGAGAUGAGAAGGAGCCGGAGUCCACCAACGACGACGAGAUUAUGCAACCAUCAUAUUUGCACGCCAUCUGGGAUAACAAAAGCAUGCCAGACAGACUGAGGGAUGUAUAUGAGAUUCAAGAUGGUAGUGAUUUCUUACAUGGUGUUGUAAUACGCACACAGUGCUAGCACGUAUUGUAUCUCUUUUUAUGCAAUCUGUUUUUACCACGAAACUAAAAUGAGUUGGUACGAAGAAACGCAAUAUUGCUUAAGCGGAGUUUGCUUUACAUCUGAGCAGAACAUUUUCAUCCGAGAUGAGUUGUAAACACCUUCCUCUAAAUAAUAUUAUCACUAUUGUUAUUUACCUUUCUUGAA